AUGAAUCGAAAUCUGAAAUUACUGAAAUGCCCGAUUAUCCCGAAUGAGAGCUCAUAUGAAAUUAUAUCGGAAGGUCCCGUAUCAAUAUGGUAUUAUGGAAAAAAGCAGAAGAAAACUGAUUAUUAUGCAUUUCAGAUAAUUCGAGAAGUAAUACCAAUGCUCUUUAUUACAUUUAAUCAUCAAACAUCAAUUAUCGCACAGUCUUCCAUACCCAUUUAUAUUCCUUUCGAUACAAACAUUGUUGUUGAUGGUAAAGAAGUGCAAUUAUAUCUUGGUGAAGGUUGUCAAAUAACUCAUAAAGAGAAGCGAAAAAAAUAUACGACAAUUUUGAAUGGACAAUUUGAAAUUCCAAAAUCACACAUUAUUGUUUUGCAUUGUGCCAAUGUGAAACAGCAAUUUCAUGAUGUCAUACAGGUAAUUAUCACAGAUGGAAUGAUUGCUUAUUGUGGUGGUAAAAAUCACAUCCUACUAAAUACUUCUGAUACAAAAAUUACUGUUCUACAAACAGCAACAAAUUAA